AUGCUGCACGUGUGGUUGUCCUCUGGAGCCGAGUUGACUUUCCCCGUGGACGAGGUAUCUGAUGUGAAGAGCUUGAAGAUGCGCCUUUGCCCGGUCUGUGGGACGAGCCGCUUCAGGCAGCGACUUCUGCAUGCCGGCUCGGACUUGCCUGAUGGUUUUGUCAUCGACCACCCGAUGGACUUCAACCUUGUCCUGCUGCCUUUUGCCGAGUCCACACAAGCGCAGAUGGAUGAGUUGGCUCAGGCAGCUCGCGCUGGCCACCAGGCUGACGUCGAGAGGAUGCUUCAGCGCCCGCAAGAUCCGAAUCGCCUUGGGGUCAUCGAUGCCGUAGAGUUGGAAGCACCUUUGGUCUUGGCAACACUGGAAGGCCACAGAGAGGUGGUCUCCCUAUUGUUGGAAGCCGAAGCUGAUCCGAACUUCUACGAAGAUGUUGAUGGAUUGCGAGGUCCAUCUCUUAACGUUGCUUGCAGUGGACGGUCCGCGGAUGUCAUUCACUUGCUGCUCGAAGCAGGGGCAGACACGGAUCACCUGUGCACAGUGUUUGGAACCCCAGGGGAGACAGCUCUAGGCUGUGCUUGUGAAGUUGGGCAUCUUGAAUCCAUUCGUGCGCUGGUGGAUGCCGGGGCUGACAAGAACUUGCCUCACAACGGAGGCCCUCCCCUGUGCAUCGCCACUGAAUUUCGCCACCUGCAGGCUGUUCGUUACUUGCUGGACUCCGGGGCUCUCCAAGACUUGCCUGACGAGUGUGGCCUGACUUCACUUCUGUGGGCGUCUUCCAAGGGGCAUUUGGAGAUAGUUACUUUACUUAUAGAGUCUGGGGCCGACAAGAAUGUGGCGAACCCCAUCGACAUCACUGCUCUAGUCUGCGCUUCGUGCCGUGGACAUGUUGAAAUUGUCCGGUUGUUGCUGGCUGCGGAUCCGGGCCGUGACUUCGUUGGAAAUGUAGGAGAGUUGGGUACCGCGCUCAUAGCCGCUUCGAAUCAGGGACAUGUGCAGACUGUGCACCUCUUAUUGGAGGCCCAGGCUGACGAGGAGCUGCUGUGCAAGCUCGUUCCCACUGCCCUUUUCUGUGCCACAUGUUGGGGUUAUGGGAGGACCGUGCGGGUGUUGUUAGAUUUUCUGGCUGACAGGGGCUGGGCGUGCGAUUGCGGCUUGGCCUUGACUUUUGCGGUCGACAAUGGCCAGAUUCGUAUAGCACGCCUGCUGCAGCAGGCUCAGCGAGCUACUGGGAGGUGGGCUCAGCUUGCCAACGGGACAGCAGUAUCUCUCAUGAACUCAGCCAGACGUGGCAACCGCGGGAUGGUUCAAAUGCUUGUGGACGCAGGGGCCAGUGACAGUAUCGCCGACCACGCACGCUUGACAAUUCUGGCGAGCGCAUCCCACACAGGCGACAUGGAAGUCAUGAGUCUGCUGCUACAGACGCUGGGCAACACGGGCCUAGCUGGCAGCGUGAGCCCCACCGCGUUGGCCUUCGUUUGCGCUGUUCACUCGGACCACUUGGUAACUGCAGAUAGGUUGUUUCAUGCCGUGGCUUCCGACAAGAACUUCCCCGCGGAAGAGAACAUCUCAAACUUGAUUUCGUUGGUUGGAGGCAGACUUUGA